AUGACAUUUAUUUUAUACUGUAAAUAACUUUUAAAAAUACAGUACUUUUUAAGCUAAUAUUACCAUCUUCAGGCUUCACAUUUAGUAUUUUACAUUUGUGCAGUCUAAAUGACAGUUUUAAGCCAUCUAGAAAAAAUGACCGCCGUACAGGCUUUUGAAUCUCAGAAUCUGUUUCCAUCUUAAUUUUUUGUGAUUUUUUUUUUUUUCGCACCUUUCUCUUUCUCUUCAAACAAAAAUCAUGACAUUUACAAGCGUAGAAUAUGCUGAGAGUUUAGAUAAUCAGGACGCAUUGAGAAAGUAUCGAGAUGAAUUUGUGAUUCCUACGCUCCGUGACAUAUCCAACGGAGAUUCUGAUGAACCUUGUACUUAUUUGUGUGGAAAUUCGUUGGGUUUAAUGCCUAAGCGCUCUCGUGAGCUGAUUAAUCAAGAACUAGAUGCAUGGGGUAGACGUGGUGUAGAAGGACACUGGAAUCAUCCUUACAACAGACCUUGGGCUACCAUUGAUGAGUUGGUAAAGUCUCCACUCGCAAACCUUGUUGGUGCCAAACCAGUCGAAGUGACUGCAAUGAAUACGUUGACAUCUAAUCUUCAUUCGAUGCUUGUAACAUUUUUUAGACCCACAGAAAGUCGAUUUAAAAUCCUGAUUGAAAACAAGGCUUUUCCUUCUGAUCAUUAUGCAGUUUCUUCUCACCUUGAAUCACGCGGUAUUGAUCCUGCUGUCGGUCUUUUAACUAUUUCACCUAGACAAGGAGAACAUGUGUUACGAACAUGUGAUGUUAUUGACCUUAUUCAGAAAGAUAAAGAAAUUGCCGUAGUGAUGCUUUCGGGAGUGCAAUAUUAUACAGGCCAGUUCUUUGAGAUUGAAAAAAUUACAAAGGCAGGCAAAGACGCAGGAUGUAUAGUAGGAUGGGAUCUUGCACAUGCGGUGGGAAAUGUACCACUUUCUCUACAUGAUUGGGAUGUUGAUUUCGCCUGCUGGUGUUCAUACAAAUAUCUCAACUCGGGUGCAGGUGGUAUUGCCGGAUUAUUCAUUCAUGAAAAAUAUAAAGAUGAUACAACUCGACCUAGAUUAGCUGGUUGGUGGGGUAACAAGAAAGAAAACCGAUUUGAUAUGUUACCAGAAUUCCAAGCAAGUGAAGGAGCUUCUGGAUAUCAAUUAAGUAACCCUAGUAUUUUCACGACUAUUUCGUUGUUAGGUUCGCUGCAGAUAUUUGAAUCUGCUACGCUUAAAGAAUUACGUUUAAAAUCAAUUUCUUUAACUGGUUAUCUCGAAAAGUUAAUUCAGUCUCAAUUGCAAGAUGAGUUUGAUAAAGAUCUUAUACGUAUUCUAACACCAAAAGACCCUCAACAACGUGGAUGCCAACUCUCUUUGGAAUUCCCCCUCAAGAUGAUGCAAGUGUUUGACGGUCUUCAUUCUCGAGGCGUUAUUGUAGAUGAACGUAAACCUACUGUUAUUCGUGUAGCUCCUACCCCUCUCUAUAAUACUUACAAGGAUGUUUAUAACUUUGUUAUACAAUUAAAGGGAGUAAUGAACCUUGUGUAUAAAUAAAUAAUAAACUCCCUCUUCUUUUUUAUUUC